UUACCAACCGCGUGCGAUUUUCAACCGAAUCCGUAGGAUCUAUACAUUUUGGCCAGUAAACAGAGGGAAUGCAGCGCCAGAAACCCAAGGGACCGGGCAAGCCGGGUCCACGAUUCAAGCCUGGCUCGGGCAAGGGCAAGGGAGCCGCCGGUGGCCGGGGUAGCGGCGACAACAAGCUAAAGCGUCCGCGCCAGGAGUUCAAUAAAUCCCGACUGGCCGCCACCGAUGCAGAGAUCCAAGAACUGAAGGCCAAGUACGCGGAGAUAGAUGCGCCGGCCAUUAAGAAGUUCGCACAGUUUCCGCUGUCCAAGAAGACCCAAAUGGCGCUGGCGGAGUCCAAGUUCGUGCACCCCACGCAGGUGCAGCGUGAGAGCAUUGGACCCGCCCUGCUGGGCAAGGAUGUGCUGGGUGCGGCGGUCACAGGAAGUGGCAAGACCUUGGCCUUCCUCAUACCCGUUCUGGAGCACCUGUUCAUAAACAAAUGGUCGCGCACCGAUGGCGUGGGCGCCAUCAUCAUCUCGCCCACCCGCGAGCUGGCCUACCAGAUCUUCGAGACCCUGAAGAAGGUGGGCAAGCACCACGACUUCUCCGCCGGCCUCAUCAUCGGCGGCAAGAACCUGAAGUUCGAGCGGACUCGCAUGGACCAGUGCAACAUACUGAUCUGCACACCUGGCCGCCUGCUGCAGCACAUGGACGAGAAUCCGCUCUUCAACACAAGCACCAUGGAGGUGUUGGUCCUGGACGAAGCCGAUCGCUGUUUGGACAUGGGUUUCCAGAAGACGCUCAACUCUAUCAUUGAAAACUUCCCACCCGUACGCCAAACGUUGCUCUUCUCGGCCACGCAAACGAAUACAGUGCAGGAUUUGGCGAGGCUUAACCUAAAGGAUCCUGUCUACGUGGGCUACGGAGGAGCGACGCCUGGCGAGGAACCCUCCGGCUCCAAAAAGAGCGGUCCGAGCACCGCUGUCUUGGCCGUGCCCGAGCUCCUACAGCAGAGUUAUGUGGUGCUGAACCUCGAGGACAAGAUCACCAUGCUGUGGUCGUUCAUUAAGAACCAUCUGAAGCAGAAGAUCAUUGUGUUUGUGUCCAGUUGCAAGCAGGCCAAGUAUCUGUACGAGAUCUUCUGCAAACUGCGUCCGGGUAGCCCGCUGCUGGCCCUUUACGGAACCCUCCAUCAGGAUCGUCGCAUUGCCAUCUACGAGGACUUCCUUCGCAAGAGCCACGUUGUGAUGUUCUCUACGGAUGUGGCAUCGCGUGGCCUGGACUUUCCGGCCGUCAAUUGGGUGGUGCAGUUGGACUGCCCGGAGGAUGUCUCGCAGUAUAUUCACCGAGCGGGUCGCUCUGCGCGAAACAAGACACGCGGUGAGUGCCUUCUUGUGCUAACACCCAGCGAGGAGGAGUACAUGAUUGGUGCCCUCAAGGAGCAGUUGAAUAUUAACAUCCGUUGUGUGCAAAUCGAUCCCAAGAAGCUCUUCUCGCCGCGCGUCAAGAUCGAGGCCUUCCUGGCCCAAUUCCCCGAGCUAAGGGCCACCGCUCAGCGUGCCUUCCUCUCCUACAUAAAAUCCGUGUUCCUUAUGCGCAACAAGCGAUUGUUCAAUGUCUUCAGCCUGGAUCUGGAUGCAUUUGCUCAAUCGCUGGGUCUAGCGGUUACGCCGCGCGUUCCGUUCCUUGAAAAAUUCCUUUGGCGGCAGAAGCUGCAGCAGCAGCAGAAGGAACAGGGCGAAGCCCCACCAGCUGUCAAUCCAGUGCUUACCAAGAUGACCAAACAACAGAGCUUUGGCGGCGGAGAAGAGGAUGAAGAUGAAAGCGAUGACGAAGACUUUAUCAAGGUGAAACGUAAGGAUCACGAUGUCGAAGGGGGAGCAGUGGAACUGGAUGAGGUGGAGGAUAAGGAGGAUGAGCCAGAGGGCCCACUUGUGGUGCCCAAGCGGGAGAAGCUAGUCACCAAGGCGUCGCUGGCCAAGAAGGCGCUGAAGAAGAACCUGCAGGUCAACUCCAAGCUCAAGUUCGAUGACGAGGGCGAAACGAUGGCCGAUGAUCGCAACCAAAUGAAGGCUCUGAGUGCCAGACAGCGAGCGGAGAACCAGGACGACGACGACGACGACGGAGGUAUCAAUCUGGUGCUCUCCAAGGCACUGCUGACCGAGGAGGAUCAGUAUGACAAGCAGCGAUUCCGGGAGCUGGUCAAGAAGCGACACAAGCUGCAGCGCGAGAAGCUGCGCAAGAAGACGGAGGAGGCCAAGGGCAGCGACGAGGAAGACGAGGAGGAAGAGGACCAGGAUGCCGAAGAUGCCGGCAGUGAGAGUGACCAUUCAGUGGACCUCUCCUGGCUGCCAGAUCCCGACAAGGUCUACAAAAAUAAGGCCAGCAAAUCUGAUCGAAGUGCAGAAGCGCAAUCGGAUUCUGAGCCGGAGUCAGGCGAUGAUGCAACCGACGAUGAUGCGGAAGUGGACGACGACGACGAAGAGGUCUCCGACGAUGAGCCCGCCUACAAAAAGUCGAAGCUUACGAACAAGAUGACUCUGAUGGACACGGAGGCCAUUGCGGCCAGUCUUCUGGGUAGCUAAGUUAGGGCCUCGUCUGUGUGAAUAAAUUAAUGCCAAUUAUUUUUAAAUAAUUUGUAAUUUAAUAGAAACUUGUUUUAAUUUUAAGUCAAUUUACCGCUUGUUCGUUUGUUGGUGACAAUUGAAAGCAAACAAUUUCCAUAGCAACAAAAAAAGAGUUUUGAAAUUGAAAAAAAUAAGAUUUUAAUUUCUUUUUCUAUAUAAAAUACUUAUUUUGCAAAGACAGAUCGUAACGAAUUUAGACUCACAGCAAAAAUUCAAAAUAUAUUAUAAGGCAAUGCAUAAAAUCGAAUUGAAAGGCUGUCCACGUAGUGACGAAGCACACCAUUGGUUUAUAGUGUACACAAUAGUAUGGAUUUUUGUUAGUUUUGGGGUCAAAUGCCGAAUUUGUCUAAUCUAUGACUAGAUUUUGGCGGUGAAACAUUGUUCUUAAAUGCGUUGUUAUCUCUGAAUUGAACUUAGUUUCGUUUUGAAUCGAAUACGUCAAGCACGUGUAAAAUAUUGAAGUCGUGGUUACGUUUCUGCUUUUGGAGGAUCUAGUUUCAGAAAGAACAGAGGUAAGGCUAGUCUUCUUAAUAUAAAAAGAAUUCACAUUAAAAACCUAUCUCAACAGGAUCUAAAAAAUAACAAAGUAAAUCACCUGAAAGAUAAAAGUUAUGUACCAUAUGAAGAUAUUAAAGAAUUUAAAGCGACGGGUGUUAAUUGCCAUUACAAGGAUGGAGGAUAAGGUUUGGCACCUGGAUGGACUUUGCAGAUCACGGGAACUACAAUUUAGACCCACUGUUUCUUGUCCACACGAUUCUUCCUCGCUUCCAACUUUGAAAUCACAACCAUCGUAUUGGUCAGCGAUUAUUACUAUGAAUUUGAUUUCAGGCUUAGCGGCGAUGAAAAAUCGUAUGAGCUAAAACCCUGGUGCUAGAUUUUGGUCUAGCAGACCUAGACCUUUUAUGUCUGAUAAGGAAUUCAAGGUACAGCCCAUAUGUGUGACUAUAAUGAUAGUUAAGCAUUUCAAGUUAUAUAA